AUUCGUGAGACAACUGCAUAACUGCGCCGCGUCUACAUACUGCUGGGCGUGUUUCCACGAAGCUAUUCCGACGGCGCUGGAUACAUAACAUAACUUCGGGCUUUUAGAGCCCUUUUUUGGAACGAAGUAAACCGUAGGCCAAUGAGAAAUAGCUAUCAUAGAAUCUUUUCCUGGCUAUUGUAAAACAAACCAUUGCUGUGACGGGCUGCCUAUGCCACACAACUUUGGCACCGUGCUUCACUGAGCUGCGACGCAUUUUUCGGGUCGAUUAAAAAAAUCAUCUUCGUCGAUGUUGAAAGACGUAGGCGAAAAAGCAAAGCAAAGAAGGGAAAACAAAGUUUCAACUGCGUGUAGGUUCUAAGUGUAACUUUAUGUAGCCUCUUUAAACAAUUCCGGAAAGCAUUGUGUAAGGACAGAGAAGUGAAAAUCAUGGAGAAAAAACCCGUUACGCUGCCAAGCGGGGAUGCAGCGCCAUGCGGACGCAAAGUCUCAAAGCCUGUGGACUCGGCCCAGUCCAGGGUAGUUGCACCAGAUUUCGGCGAUAUGCAGCCUUCCAAACCUCCAGGAGUAAACGCGGUGUCUAUACUCUGGACAUUUGGGAAGUGCCUUGGCGCAUUGCUGCCCGUGUACCUAGCGGGGUACUAUAGGGUUAGUACUAGUUUGGUUAUGUUCGGACUCAUGGUCUAUUCGGGAUGGAAACACACACGGGAUGCCAAGUUGGCACGCCUGAAGUCCGCGAUGCAGUUAAAUGACAACGAGCAAGAAUUCACCUCUUCCAAAAUGCUGAAAAGUAAACGGGAUUUACCUGCAUGGGUCAAUUUCCCAGACGUGGAGAAGGUUGAAUGGCUGAACAAGGUCCUGCAGCAGGCAUGGCCGUUUGUGGGGCAGUACUUGGAGAAGUUGCUGGUGGAGUCCAUCGCCCCUUCCAUCCGGGCCUCCAGCGCCCAUUUGCAGACCCUCAACUUCACAAAAAUUGACCUUGGGGGCAAGGCCAUGAAGGUGGUGGGAGUGAAGGCCCAUACGGAGAAUGACCGGGGCCAGGUGCUACUGGACCUGUACAUCAGCUACGUUGGAGACGUCGAGAUCAACGUGGAAGUGAAGAGGUACUUCUGCAACGCAGGCAUAAAGGGGAUGCAGCUUCACGGAAUGCUGCGGGUGAUCUUGGAGCCCCUGAUCGGAGACGUUCCCAUAGUGGGCGCUGUCACCAUGUUCUUCAUCCGCCGGCCUACACUGGACAUCAACUGGACAGGGCUGACAAACCUGCUCGACAUUCCUGGACUGAAUGUGAAGUCAGACACUCUGAUAAUGGAUGCGAUUGCGUCUUUCCUGGUGCUGCCCAACCGACUCACCGUCCCCCUGGUGCCCGACCUGCACGUGGCACAGCUGCGCUCCCCCCUGCCUAGGGGCGUGGUGCGUGUUCACCUCCUGGAGGCCGAGAAUCUUGCAGCGAAGGACAACCUCAUGAAGGGCGCGUUCGCUGGCAAGUCGGACCCCUAUGCCGUGGUGCGGGUCGGGACCCAGACUUUCACCUCCCGCCACGUGGACAACGAACUCAACCCCAAAUGGAGGGAGACAUACGAGGUGAUCGUCCAUGAAGUCCCAGGGCAGGAACUGGAAGUGGAGGUUUAUGACAAAGAUCCCGACCAGGACGACUUCCUGGGGAGGACCAAGAUGGAUCUGGGUAUAGUGAAGAAAGAAAGAAUUGUGGAUGAGUGGUUCCCUCUGAAAGACGUGCGCUCUGGUCGCGUCCACCUGCGUCUCGAGUGGCUUACCCUCCUGCCCACCACUGACCAGCUGGACCAGGUUCUUGAAAGAAAUAAAACCCUGAACCUCCCCAGUAAGACCGCAGACCCUCCCUCGUCAGCCAUCCUGGCGGUGUAUUUGGACCGGGCUGAGGAACUUCCUAUGAAGAAAGGGAAUACAGACCCCAGUCCUGUGGUGCAGCUGUCAGUGGAGGACAUCACUCGAGAGAGCAGGACCUGCUAUGGGACCAAUAAUCCUGUGUUUGAGGAUGCCUUCACCUUCUUCAUCCAGAACCCUCACAAUCAGGAGAUUGACAUCCAGGUGAAAGACACAGACCGGAUCCUGUCGCUGGGCAGUCUGACCAUCCCUCUGUCCCACCUGCUGUCCCGUGCUGAUCUCUCCAUGGACCAGUGGUUCCAGCUGGACGAGGCCGGGCCUGCCAGCCGUAUCUACAUCAACGCGGUGCUGCGGGUGCUGUGGAUGGAUGCGGAGGCUGCGGAGCUAGCCCACAGCCACCCCUACAGUCAGCCUGAGCAGACCUCCCCUGACCCCAGCUUUGCCACCGAGGGGGUGCUGCGGAUUCACCUGGUGGAGGCACAGAAUCUGAUCGCCAAGGACAAGUUCAUGGGAGGCAUAGUGAAGGGGAAGAGCGACCCCUACGUGAACAUACGCGUUGGGGGCUUGGCCUUCCGCAGCCGUGCUAUUGAGAAGAACCUUAAUCCCACCUGGAACGAGCUGUAUGAGGUGGUUCUGACUCAGGUGCCGGGUCAGGAGGUGCAGGUAGACGUGUUUGAUGAAGACAUGGAUCAGGAUGACUUUAUGGGCAGGUUUAAGAUCAGUCUGAAAGACAUCAUCACCGGCCAGUACACUGAUGAGUGGUUCACUCUGAAUGAUGUGAAGUCAGGCCGUGUUCACCUGGUUCUGGAGUGGCUGCCCAAAGUCUCAGACCCUGACCGACUGGAACAGGUCCUGCAGUUCCAGUCCAAGCAGUCCUACCUGAACAAGGCUGUACCCUCUGCUGCUGUGCUGUUUGUGUACAUGGACCGCGCCCACGGCUUGCCUAUGAAGAAAAGUGGGAAGGAGCCAAAAGUGGGUGCGGAGCUUGUGCUGAGUGGUACCUCCCACAAGACCAAGGUGUGUGAUCGUUCCACUUCUCCUCAGUGGGAUGAGGCGUUCUACUUCCUGGUUCAUGACCCCAAAAGGGACAUGCUAACAGUGAAGCUCACACACACUGGAGACCAGCCCACAGGCUCUCUGGUUCUGCCAGUCAGCGAGUUGCUGUCAGAACCGGACUUGGUACUGGACCGCUGGCUGAGACUGGAUGGAGCUCUCUUUGAGAGUCAGAUACUGCUGAGAACUGAACUCAAGAUUCUGGAUGCAAAGAUGGUGGAGCGCGGUGUGGUUAAGGAGAAGCUGGUGGGAGAUGCUGACAGAACCACCUCUGCUGAGGCGAAAGAGGGGGCCGACCCCAGCAUCCCAAUCAAAGAACACCUCUUACUGUCCAGUCAGGAGCAGGGUGCCCCUGGGGGGGUCAGUGAGGUCCCAAGCCCCCCUGAAACACGACCCAGCCAGACCACUCCUGACCCCAGCUUUGCAACCGAGGGGUUGCUGCGGAUUCUCCUGGUGGAGGCACGGAAUCUGGUCGCCAAGGACAAGUUCAUGGGGAAGGGAAAGAGCGAUCCCUAUGUGAACAUACGCGUUGGGGACAAGGCCUUCCGCAGUCAUGUGAUCGAGAAGAACCUCAACCCCACCUGGAACGAGCUGUAUGAGGUGGUUCUGACUCCACUGUCGGGUCAGGAUGUCCAGGUUGAGCUGUACGAUAAAGACGUGGAUAAGGACGACUUCCUGGGGAGGUUUAGUGUCAGUCUGAAUGACAUCAUCACUUCCCAGUACACUGAUCAGUGGUUUGUUCUGAAUGAUGUGAAGUCAGGCCGUGUUCACCUGGUUCUGGAGUGGCUGCCCAAAAUAUCAGACCCUGACCGACUGGAACAGGUCCUGCAGUUCCAGUCCCAGCAGUCCUACCUGAACAAGGCUGUACCCUCUGCUGCUGUGCUGUUUGUGUACAUGGACCGCGCCCACGGCUUGCCUCUGAAGAAAAGUGGGAAGGAGCCAAAGGUGGAGGCGGAGCUUGUGCUUGGGGGAACCUCCCACAAGACCAAGGUGUGUGAUCGUUCCACUUCUCCUCAGUGGGAUGAGGCAUUCUACUUCCUGGUUCAUGACCCCAAACAUGACACACUUAUUCUGAAGCUCACUCACACUGGGGACCAGCCCACAGGCUCUCUGGUUCUGCCUGUCAGAGAACUGCUGUCAGAACCGGGCCUGGUACUGGACCGCUGGCUGAACCUGGAUGGAGUCCCACCUGAGAGUCAGAUUCUACUGAGAGCUGAACUCAAGAUCCUGGAUACCAAGAUGGCGGAGCGUGGUGUGGUUCAGGAGAAGGUGGUGGGAGCCGCUGACAGCACUACCUCUGCUGAGGGCGAAGAGGAGGCUGACACCACCCUUCUAAUCAAAGAAGAGACCUCAUCUGCCCAUCGGGAGCAGGCCCUAGUCCCUGGAGAGGACGAGCAGGGAAGAGCUGUUGAGGUCACCCCUUUGGUGGUCAGCGAGGUCCCCAGCCCCCCCGAAACACGACCCAGUCAGACCACUCCUGACCCCAGCUUUGCAACCGAGGGGUUGCUGCGGAUUCUCCUGGUGGAGGCACGGAAUCUGGUCGCCAAGGACAAGUUCAUGGGGAAGGGGAAGAGCGAUCCCUAUGUGAACAUAUGCGUUGGGGACAAGGCCUUCCGCAGUCAUGUGAUCGAGAAGAACCUCAACCCCACCUGGAACGAGCUGUAUGAGGUGGUUCUGACUCCACUGCCGGGUCAGGAUGUCCAGGUUGAGCUGUACGAUAAAGAUGUGGAUAAGGACGACUUCCUGGGGAGGUUUAGUGUCAGCCUGAAUGACAUCAUCACUUCCCAGUAUACUGAUCAGUGGUUCACUUUGAAUGAUGUGAAGUCAGGCCGUGUUCACCUGGUUCUGGAGUGGCUGCCUAAAGUAUCAGACCCAGACCGACUGGAACAGGUCCUGCAGUUCCAGUCCCAGCAGUCCUACCUGAACAAGGCUGUACCCUCUGCUGCUGUGCUGUUUGUGUACAUGGACUGCGCUCACGGUUUGCCUCUGAAGAAAAGUGGGAAGGAGCCAAAGGUGGAGGCGGAGCUUGUGCUCGGGGAAACCUCCCACAAGACCAAGGUUUGUGAUCGUUCCACUUCUCCUCAGUGGGAUGAGGCAUUUCACUUCCUGGUUCAUGACCCCAAAUAUGAUGCCCUGAUUGUGAAGCUAACUCACACUGGGGACCAGCCCACAGGCUCUCUGGUUCUGCCUGUCAGAGAGCUGCUGUCAGAACCGGGCCUGGUACUGGACCGCUGGCUGAGCCUGGAUGGAGUCCCACCUGAGAGUCAGAUUCUACUGAGAGCUGAACUCAAGAUCCUGGAUACCAAGAUGAAGGAGCACGGUGUGCUUCAGGAGGAGCUGGUAGGAGCUGCUGAGGAAGAAGAGGAGGCUGAACCCGCCCUCCCAGUCAAAGAGGAGACCUCACCCUCCAAUCAGGAGCAGGAACGGCUGAAGGCGGGGCCAACCCGGGGGGCUCCCAGUGAGCCUAUCACACCCCACCUCCCUGUGUCUGUCCCUGAGAGGCAUGAGGAGGAAAGAGCUUCUGAGGUCGCCCCUGCUGGGGUCAGCGAAGUCCGCAGCCCCCCUGAAACGCGACCCCAGCAGACCACUCCUGACCCCAGCUUUGCAACUGAGGGGUUGCUGCGGAUUAUCCUGGUGGAGGCACGGAAUCUGGUCGCCAAGGACAAGUUCAUGGGGAAGGGGCAUAGCGAUCCGUACGUGAACAUACGCGUUGGGGACAAGUCCUUCCGCAGUCAUGUGAUCGAGAAGAACCUCAACCCCACCUGGAACGAGCUGUAUGAGGUGGUUCUGACUCCACUGUCGGGUCAGGAUGUCCAGGUUGAGCUGUAUGAUAAGGAUGUGGGUCAGGAUGACUUCCUGGGGAGGUUUAAGGUCAGUCUGAGGGACAUCAUCACCUCCCAGUAUGUUGAUCAGUGGUUCACUCUGAAUGAUGUGAAGUCAGGCCUUGUUCACCUGGUUCUGGAGUGGCUGCCCAAAGUCUCAGACCCUGACCGACUGGAACAGGUCCUGCAGUUCCAGUCCCAGCAGUCCUACCUGAACAAGGCUGUACCCUCUGCUGCUGUGCUGUUUGUGUACAUGGACCGCGCCCAUGGCCUGCCUUUAAAGAAGAGCGGGAAGGAACCAAAGGUGGAGGCGGAGCUUGUGGUUGGGAAAACGUCCCACAAGACCAAGGUGUGUGAUCGUUCCACAUCUCCUCAGUGGGAUGAGACGUUCUACUUCCUGGUUCAUGACCCCAAAAUGGACACGCUUCUAGUCAGGCUCACUCACACUGAGGACCAGCCCACAGGCUCUCUGGUUCUGCCUGUCAGAGAGCUGCUGUCAGAACCGGGCCUGGUACUGGACCGCUGGCUGAACCUUGAUGGAGUCCCACCUGAGAGUCAGAUUCUACUGAGAGCUGAACUCAAGAUCCUGGACACCAAGAUGAAGGAGCACGGUGUGCUUCAGGAGGAGCUGGUAGGAGCUGCUGAGGAAGAAGAGGAGGCCGAACCCACCCUCCCAGUCAAAGAGGAGACCUCACCCUCCAAUCAGGAGCAGGAAUGGCUGAAGGCGGGGCCAACCCGGGGGGCUCCCAGUGAGCCUAUCACACCCCACUUCCCUGUGUCUGUCCCUGAGAGGCAUGAGGAGGAAACAGCUUCUGAGGUCGCCCCUGGUGGGGUCAGCGAAGUCUCCAGCCCCCCCGAAAUACGACCCCAGCAGAUCACUCCAGACCCCAGCUUUGCAACUGAGCUUCUGGACACAAAGAUGGCGGAGCGUGGUGUGGUUCGGGAAGAGCUGGUGGGAGCUGCCCAGGAGGAAGAGGAGGAAGAACCCACCCCCCCAAUCAAAGAGGACCAUCAGGAGCAGGAGUGGUUCAAGGCGGGGCCUGCCCAGGGGGCCGGUGAGAAAGACCCCUCCAGUACCCUGGUCACUCCGCACACCCCUGUCUCUGUCCCUGAGGAGGAUGAGGAGAAAAGAGCUGUUGUCCCUGGGUGGGUCAGUGUCCCCAGCCCCUCCAUAACACGCCCCCAACAGACCGCUCCUGACGCCAGCUUUGCAUCUGAGGGGGUGCUGCGGAUCAUCCUGUUGGAGGCACAGAAUCUGGUCGCCAAGGACAACCUCAUGGGCGGCAUGGUGAAGGGGAAGAGCGACCCCUAUGUCAACAUACACAUAGGAGGUGUGGGCUUCCGCAGUCGGGUGAUUGACAAGGACCUCAACCCCACUUGGAAUGAGCUGUAUGAGGUCAUUCUGACUCCACUGUCUGGUCAGGAGGUGAAGUUUGAGCUGUAUGAUAAAGAUCUGGACAGUGAUGACUUCCUGGGGAGGUUUAACGUCCGUCUAGGUGACAUCAUCAGGUCCCAGUACACUGAUCAGUGGUUCACUCUGAAUGAUGUGAAGUCAGGCCGUGUUCACCUGGUUCUGGAGUGGCUGCCCAAAGUCUCAGACCCUGACCGACUGGAACAGGUCCUGCAGUUCCAGUCCCUGCAGUCCUACCUGAACAAGGCUGUACCCUCUGCUGCUGUGCUGUUUGUGUACAUGGACCGCGCCCACGGCCUGCCUCUGAAGAAAAGUGGGAAGGAGCCAAAGGUGGGGGCGGAGCUUGUACUGCUGGGUACCUCCCACAAGACCAAGGUGUGUGAUCGUUCCAUUUCUCCUCAGUGGAAGGAGGCUUUUCACUUCCUGGUUCAUGACCCUAAUCAUGACAUGCUUGUUGUGAAGCUCACUCACACUGGGGACCAGCCCACAGGCUCUCUGGUUCUGCCUGUCAGACAGCUGCUGUCAGAACCGGGCCUGGUACUGGACCGCUGGUUGAGCCUGGAUGGAGUCUCAUCUGAGAGUCAGAUUCUGCUGAGAGCUGAACUCAAGAUCCUUGACACUAAGAUGGUGGAGACUGGUGGCCUUCAGGGUGCCCUGGCGAGCGGUGCAGCAGCCAAACGGCUGAGGCCUGAUGGACAGGAGGAAAGGGGGCAGGUAAAACUCUCUCUCUCCUACCUCACCAAAGAGAGAAAGCUGGCCAUCACGGUUCAUGCCUGCAGGCACCUGGCAGCCGGUGGCAGGGAAGUCUCAGACCCCUACGUCUCUCUUAUCCUGUUGCCAGACAAGAACAAGGCCACCAAAAGAAAGACCAGUGUCAAAAAGAGAGAGGUCAGCCCAGAGUACAAUGAAAGGUUUGAUUUCAGUCUCUCUCUGGAGGAGGCGAGACGCAGACAGCUGGAUUUGUCUGUCAAAAACACAGUGUCCUUCAUGAACCGGGACAGAGAGGUCAUCGGCAAGGUACAGCUUGAUCUGUCACAGAUUGACCUGGCCUCGGGGGUCACACAGUGGUACGAGCUGAAAGAAGAGGCUGGUUAAUUGAAUUAGUCAUGGUUGCCACGGUCACUGCUUUUCACACUGCUGCCUUCCUGCCCUCCCACCACAAUGCAGCUCUCCGUUCCCUGUCUGGUCCUGUGUGAAAAUGUAGACAACGUUUUUCUCUUGGUGUACUGCUUUGGGUGGGACCACUCAUUUGGAGAUGAUCACUGAAUUUAAUAGAACUGGAUUAUUAUUAUUAUUAUUACUAUUAUUAUUAUUAUUAUUAUCAUUCCACUUGGCUUCCAUGAUUUAUUGUCCUUGAAUUUUCGUGACAUAUUUUAGGAGGUUGUGCAUAUCUUCCAUCAUCACACAAACUUUCAUAAUAAUGUCAUUUGUCAACACCGGGGGACCAGGGAUUGGCAUUCCCCUGACAAUUGUACCAAAAUGUAAUUGAACAUUGAAAACUGUGUAUUUUCCCUGGCGAAAUUGUAAUAUUUUUGAGCAGCUAACAUAGGAAUCCGUGGAUCUGAUAAACAGAAGCUGUCUCCGGUUCUUAUAUCUCAAUGGUCACCACACAUGGGGAUGGAGGACCAACCAAUGAACAGAGCUCCGUACAAGCCAAAAAGAAGAGCAUAAAAUACAGGCACUAAAAGAGAUGAUGACAACACCAAUAAUAUUAAUAACAAUAAUAAUAAUAAUAAUAAUAAUGAUACAACCUUAUUUAUGAAGUGCAUUACAUACCUUAUGCCCAAAGUACUUUGGAUAUAAUGCAUGUGAAUAAAAACAGGAGUUAUAAAAUAAGUAAAAUGUAUAUAAAAUGAGAAGAAAAUAUGCUGGGAGUAAACAGCUGUGAUCAAAGGUCCGGACACUAGAGUAUUCUGGAGCAUUGAUCAACUGCAGGAAGUAAUAGGAUAGCUUUUAUUAGAGAAGGAGCAGGAGGUGCUUUUUGUGAAAGGGAGCAGUUCAGGAUGUUAGACAGAUAGAGGAGGAAGAAGAAAGGGGUUGGCUGUGGCUAGGUAACGUUUUAAGUUGGUGGGAAUACACUCAGGAUACAUGCCAGAUUGUUCAACUGCCUUAAUUCUUAUCUUUCAAUUCCUUACAGGCUCCUAUUUUCCACAAUAAUGGCUGAGGUUUAGGCUUGUGUCAAGUCUUUUUUUGGCAGUGGUGUGAAUCUAAUAAAAGUUUGAAAUAAAUGUAAAAUUACUUGUUGAGCAUAGUUAUGUCCUACUAUUUUUGAAAAAUAGCACUUAAAUGGUUAAACUACCAAAAAAGUAUAUCGUAUGCAAAUCUUCAGUCUAUGCUUUAGAUCAGACAUUCUGACCAGAUAUUUAACCCUUAACAUCUAAUGUUCUGUCUCUGGAGUUGUAGCUUAUUGUGUUUUCAUCUCAUGGCUAAUUAUGAGCAUUCAUGAAGAUUUGGUUGAAGAAAAUAACAUCUGUAGCAUACAAUGCAGACAGUACAGGACACUUAUCAAGAAACUCCUGUUGCCAAAAAGAAUAUCUUAGACAAGCAAGUACAGUGGACAGAGGGAAUGCCAGAGUUGAACUUCUUGGCCGUAUUAGGUAGAAUGUCUAUGGCUGUAUCUCAGCUUGUAGGCCCAGUAUGUCAAACAAGGAAGAGACAGGUGUGCUAUACAGUAUAUUUAGUUCAUUAAUCAGUCAGAAAGUACAGUCAUUCAUGACUUUCAUUAUUUUAAAUAUUGUGAUUGAUGAUAUUGUGUAUUAUGGUUAAUAUAUGGCCUUUUUCUACAUGGUCCAUUACAUUUUUGUUACCCUGCAUUUUUUAUGUUUUGUGUUAUCACAAAGGCUUUUUUAUAUCUUAUGUUUGGCUUGAUGCUAUUAUUUGCAUUUAAAACAGUGUUAUUGAAGAAAAGACACUAGUACUGAGGAACUGUACUAUGUGCAUACUCAACAGUAUUUUGUUGCAUUUGAAGAGUUUUUUUUUGCAUAUCAUAAUCACAUUUUCAAAAAGCUACAUUGUCCUAGGUCCAGCCUACCUUUUGAGAAGCAAUUUUGUAUCUUACAAGAAAGGCUAUACACUUACUCAUAAUUUCUUUUUUCCAAUCAGUGACCUUUUAUUUACAACAAAUCCACUGUUUACAGACACAAAAACAAAAACAAAACAAAACAAAAAAUAUAUAUAUAUAUAUAUAUUCCGCGACAGCAGCACUUGCAUUUGGAUUGACAGGAGACCAGCAAUGAGGGACUAAUAAGCAUAGGCUCUAAAAAUUAGAUUGAAUAAAACUGAUUUCACUGCAGGAAUGGUGUGUUAGAAAUGAUGAUGUGCUUUAGUUAAAAUGUAAUGUGGAAUUCCUAUCGUCUGGACCCUAUGCCUGUUUGUGCUACCGUGUAUUGUAGCAAAUGCAUAGAAACACCUGCAUGGGGGUCUCUGUAGCAGCUGUUAAUUAAACUGUUAUUUGCACUGCAGAA